AUGGCUAAUUAUGUUCUUAUCGUUUCCAUCAUAGUACUACUAGCACUGUCUCUAAUUUUUGUGUCGGUCAAUAAUGCAGAUGCAAAAGAAGUGUACCCUGUGGUUACUUUCUCUGCUUGUGAACGUGUAUUUGAAUACUUUACAAAUUGCUUAGGAUUUUUGGUGAGGGAUUCAAAUGCAAUUUAUGGUUAUGAUAAACCCUUGCGAAGAUGCUGCCAACAUGUAGAGAAACUAAACAUAUUAGCCAAACAUAGUAUUGGUCCGAGGUUCAUUUGUCGGUGCAUUCAAGUCAUGGUGAAGGGGACAUCACCAGCAUUGGACCCUUCUAGAAUACAACAUCUGCCUUUUAUGUGUAACACCACACUGAGCUUUCCUAUCUCUGAGAGCAUGGAUUGCUUCAAGUAA